UUCCAACACUGCUGCACACUAAUGCCACUUCGUCAUUUUUUCAGUCGCCAUUGUUCUCGUUCUCGGCCGUCGAAUUUGUGGAAAUAAACGUAUUUCCCUUUGAAAUUCGCUGCAAUAAAUACAAUAGUGAGCUACCAAACACAGCAAAAACAGAGUGCGUGUCGUUUUGAAGUAAUUCGGAGCGCGCAAGUCGAGUGAAAACAGUGACACCAGUCAGCAGUCCACACACCAGCCAGAAAUCGAAUAUUUGUUCGUGGCAAAUAUAUAAUCUUGUCAAAAAGCCAGAAAAUGUCAUCUGUGAAUCCGGAAUACGAUUAUCUCUUUAAACUGCUGCUUAUUGGAGAUUCGGGCGUUGGAAAGUCCUGUCUGCUGCUGCGAUUCGCCGAUGACACAUAUACAGAAAGCUAUAUCAGCACAAUCGGUGUGGACUUCAAAAUAAGGACCAUAGAGUUGGACGGCAAGACCAUUAAACUGCAAAUCUGGGACACUGCUGGCCAGGAGCGCUUCCGGACCAUCACGUCGUCAUACUAUCGGGGCGCGCAUGGCAUCAUCGUUGUGUACGAUUGCACGGACCAGGAGUCCUUCAACAAUGUGAAGCAGUGGCUGGAGGAGAUCGAGCGGUAUGCCUGCGAGAACGUCAACAAGCUGCUGGUGGGCAACAAGAGCGACUUGACUACCAAGAAGGUCGUUGAGCAUACCACAGCUGCGGAGUACGCUGCUCAGUUAGGCAUUCCAUUCCUUGAAACUUCGGCCAAGAGCGCCACCAACGUGGAGCAGGCCUUCAUGACGAUGGCGGCCGAGAUCAAGAAUCGCGUCGGGCCGCCGUCCAGCGCCACCGAUAACGCUAGCAAAGUGAAAAUCGAUCAAGGACGUCCAGUGGAAAACACCAAAUCCGGUUGCUGCUGAAUAACUCUGAUUGUGAAUCAUUAUUUUAUUAUACAAUUAAACAAAAUUUAAAUAUAAUAAAUUAAAACGGAAACCACACAACAAUAAUAAUAAAAGAAAAACAUAAGCAACGGCUAGACCACAAAAUCGUAAUUAUAAUACCUAAAAAUUCUGUAAUAAUAAUAAUGAUGAGGAAUGACGAGUAGUGCGUUUAUAUGAUCCUAACCGUGAUUCGAUUCGAUACACACUUUAAGCAAAUAUGUAAUAGGUAUGUAGCCAACCAGAUCCAGACUUCAAACAUCCCCACACACACAUACAAAACACAAUAAGGAUACAGGACACUGAGCCUGAUACUAACCGUCUUUCUGAUUUCAGCUGUUCUGUUCAUAAGUAGUGCAAAGCGAGCAAAAACGGUGUAGCAAUUAACUUAAUAUACAUAACUCUAACCUACAGUAAGAAGUUACUUAUCACAGCAGCGCGAAGGUCGAUACCGAACCGAUACCGAAACCCAUAUGUACUAUUAAUUACUACACAUACGCAUUAAUUGAGCGGAGACGGCACGACGGCAAGAGCAAUUAUGUACUGUGUCAGCUACUACUUAUAACUAUGUAUACAUAUGUAUGUGUUUUAAAUUACAAAUACAAUUUUCUAAACAUA